GUAAAAAUAUGACAUUUUCCUUCUUUAGGGACCAAUGAAAAUACUUUGAUUUUCUACACAUGCCUAAAAAGUACUGUAUGUUGGCUGUUAGGGGCGGGAACAGAUGAAGUCCUUUUUAUAAAAGUGAACUGACCACCAAACUGUACUCUAUUUUCUGCCCGACAGCACAGAGGACACCUCACCUCAACUCUGGACAGUAUUUUAAAGGCCGUCUCUACAUAAAGAGAAAUGAAAGACGUAGAACUGAAUGAGGUGGAUCAGGAAACACAGCUAAUGACCCGAGAGACUCAAAAAAAUGGCUGCGUGAAGGUCACCGUCCCAGAGAACGCUGGAGGGAAGUAUACUGGCCUCUCCAAAGACGAGUUAAUAAAAAUCACCAGUACUGCUGGGUGGGUUCAGACGCGUAGGGCUUUGCUGGCUUUGUUCCUUCUCGGCUGGGCUGGCAUGUUAGCUGGAGCAAUAGUAAUCAUAGUACAGGCCCCACGCUGUAAACCCAUUCCUGAGAUGAACUGGUGGAACGAAGGUCCUCUGUACCAGAUAUCUGAUGUGAAUGAAUUCUCUGAAAAGGGACUGAAAGGAGUGGAGGAAAAGCUGGACUAUCUGAGCCAGAUGAAGGUGAAGGGUCUUAUUCUGGGUCCGAUACACACUGUGCAAGCAGACCAGCUGGAUACACUAGAUCUGGUUUCAGUUAAAUCUUCUGUAGGCACUGAGAAUGAUCUGAAAUCUCUGCUGGACCAAGCACAUAAAAAAGGUAUCCCAAUAGUGCUGAAUUUAACACCCAGCUAUGAUAGGGCUUCAGUCUGGUUCAACAAUGUUACUGCUGUUGCUGAGAAAAUAAAAGACGCAUGUACACACUGGUUGACAAAAGGAUUUGGUGGUAUUUUCUUGCCUGACCUGAGAGAGAUCAUGACAACAAAGUCCUGGCCAUCUAUACAAGAUAUAUUCAACAAAACUGAGGAGACCAAACAAGUAGCUCUGAUGGGAUCAGUCACCAGUCUCUCCGCGGAUGAGGUCUCUCUUGUACUGAACCGCUCAGGUGUUGACCUGCUCCUGACUGGACUGCCUGAUCCAGCUGAGACUGGGGUAGUAAAGAAGCUCUACUCCAGUCACCCGCAGACGAGUCUGGGCUGGUGUCUGGGUUCUCUGGCUUCCAGAACUCCAGCAGCGCCUAUAAGACUCUAUCAAAUGCUGCUGUUCACCCUCCCGGGCACACCUGUGUUCAGCGCUGGAGAUGAGGUCGGACUGAAGGCUGGGGAAAAACCUCAAAUAAUGUGGGACUUGGAAAACCCAGCAGAAGAAAAGAAUGCAACAGCAAAGACUCUGCAGGAGGAGCGUAUCGCAGUUCACAACGUCUUCAAAGCACUCAGUGACCUGAGGGGAAAAGAGCGAUCGCUUCUGCACGGAGAAUAUGUCAGCCUUCACAGUUCAGCCACUUCAUUAGCAUUUCUCCGCCUCUGGGAUCAGAGCGACCGUUUCCUUACUGCUAUGAAUUGGGGAAAUGACCCUGUAACCAUGAUCCUCUCUAACAGCGACCUGCCGGCUCAAGCUCAGGUCCGCCUCACCACAGAUGCUCCAAAUCUAGCCGUGGAUAGCAUGGUCUCCUUAGAGAAGUUUCAGCUUGGGCCCAAACAGGCGGUUCUGUUGUCUUAUCCUUAUGCUGGUUAGACACACAUCUGCAGAUCUUCACAUAUCGUCUCAGAGCUGUUUGACUUUCUCUGAGGUCUAAUAAAAUAGGCCUAGUGUCUUUAUGCUUCUUUACGUUUAAGUAGACAAAGUUUAAAUGUGUUUGAAUUUUGAAGUGAUUUUUGAUGAGUGACUUUUGUCAAUCAGUGCGUGUAUUAAAUUUGACUUCUCUUAUCUACUA